AUGGACAAACAAGUUACGUUUUAUAUUGUAGACUCAUCUGAGUCGAUGGUAGUGAGUCAUAACGACCGAACACUUGCGAAUGUGGAGUGGGUCUCAGAAUACGUUGUAGACGAGAUGGCAAACCGAGUUCUUUACGACAGAGUAAGCGAUAAAGUUGGUGUUAUUUUUGGAAACCAAGAGAUUGUACCUAUAGAAUCUCCUAACCAAGAGAACAUUGACGCGGUACGGAAGGCAGCGAGAAGUGCAUCCAUAUGCGACGGAUUUGAGCAAAUGAUAAUCAAUGCUUUAGGGUCUAUCGAGACACACUGCAAGAAGCUGAAAUUCAGCAAAAAAAUUGUUGCAUUCACCGAUAAAGUGCCAACUGACGACGCGCUGCUAGCCCAGAUACACGAAAUGAGUAGCAGCUCUGGGGUUUCAUUAUUGUUUGCGUUUGUGGACGUGCCUCCACAAGAAAUAGAGCAAUUGCCUGGCGCAGCCGUGGGUUCUUAUGCUGAUGUAGCCGAGACUAUCUGCGCGGCCAAGCCGAAGGUCAUCAAGCCCAUACAUUUGUACAAAGGUCAAUUGACACUAGGAUCACCUGAGAAGAGUCAUUUGGCGCUUGAUAUCGCUGUAUAUCCAGCCACAAAACGAGCCACUGCACCAACAGCUCAUUGGGUGUAUGGCCCCAACGGCCAGCAGGUCAAGCAGAUUCGAGACCAUCUUGUUGAGGGUCAGUCUGUGGAAAAAGACACCUUGGAAGCUGGGCAUUUAUUCGGGUCUGAAAUCAUUCUGUUCGACCGUAUAGAUGAGACUAUGAUAUCCGGUGGUGGCCCGAUUCGGGACCCUGGGUUGGAGAUCAUUGGGUUUGUGGAGGAUGUCCCAGCAUAUAUGCCCAUCGGAUCGUCAAAUUACAUCUUGGGGACGGAACCGCAGUCUGUUCUAGGUAUCUCUGCGCUAGCCCGGUCUCUAUAUGAACGUGAGCUAGUGGCGAUCGCGAGAUUUGUUCGCCGGAGUGGCAGCGACAUCGAAAUGGUCUCAUUACAACCAUUAAUCACACAAGAGGUUGAAGGCUUUUUAAUGAAUCAACUGCCCUUCAGUCAAGACUGUUUGGCGUUAUCGUUUAAUUCACUCGAAAGAGACGAACGCCAACCCUCGGCUGAGAUGCAAGAUCUUAUGGAUAAAGCAGUUGAUGAUAUGGAGAUUGAUUUCGAUUCGCAGUCAGUCGCGAACCCGUAUAAUCACCGCAUAGCCAAUUUUCUCAAACAGCGAGGACUCGGGCUCGACGCAGAGCUUCAUAUCACAUUGGCGGAACCCGUUUCUAGCACCCAUGUCAACAAGGCGUUUGUUGACGUUUUUGAUAUCCAAAAAGUGGAUCGCACUGCAACAGAAGCCAAGGAUAAGGAGAACCUGGAGUCUACUGCUGGCGAUCUUGAUCUUGAUGAACUUUUGAACUAA